UGAAAGGCAAAGGGCAAAGGGAGAAUCCAUAUUCCUUCCAUUUCACUUAGUAACUUUGUUCUUCAAGAAACUGGAAACUGCUAUGGCUUCACAAGCUUCUUCAGAUAAACAAGCCACAGUGCCUCGAGAAAAGAAAGUGAUUGUAAACGGGAAGUCUGGUGGAAAGCUUGUGGGAAUACUACAUGAAGCUGGAUCACUUCACAUUGUUAUCCUCUGUCAUGGAUAUAUGUCAUCAAAGGAUGAUGAAGUUGUGUUGAACCUUGCUGCAGCAUUUGAUAGAGAAGGAAUCAGCUCCUUUCGUUUCGACUUUUCUGGCAAUGGAGAAAGUGAUGGCUCAUUUCAGCUUGGUAACUACGUGGGUGAGGCUGAUGAACUGCAUGCCAUUGUACAAUAUUUCAACGAAGCAAAUCGUUCAGUUUGUGCAAUCAUUGGGCAUAGCAAAGGAGCUGAUGUCGUGCUGGUUUAUGCUUCCAAGUAUAAGGAUGUCGAUAUCGUUGUCAAUGUUUCUGGACGUUUUGAUUUGACAACAGGCAUCGAGAAAAGCUUGGGAGAAAAUUAUGAACAAGGGAUGGAUAAGGAAGGAUUUGUUGAUGUUAAGGAUUCAACAGGUAAGUGUUAUCGAGUGACAGCAGAAAGUUUGGUGGAGCGUCUAAAUACUAAUAUGAGCCAACUGUGUCUUCAAAUCGAUAAAGAAUGCAGAGUGUUGACAGUCCAUGGAACUGAAGAUGCAGUAAUUCCAGUCAACGACGCUCGAGAGUUCGAUAAGAUCAUUUCUAAUCAUAAAUUACACAUUUUAGAAGGAGCUGAUCACAACUACACAGCAGAAUCACAUCAAGUAGAGUUAGCCACAGUGAUUUUAAACUUCAUCAAGACUAAUCUUCAGCAGGACAAAGAGACAGAUAAGGUAAACUCUACCGAUAAGCCAUUGACUUGUAAAAGCUUAUCAGCCUCUCAUCUUCUGCAGACAGGUGAAGUGAUAGAUCAUCCUCAAGAUCUUGCACACCCACAUGACGGCUGAUCUAUGAUGAUUUGGGUUUAAUGAUGCCACUAGAUUUUUAUGAAAUAAAUGCAAUGAGCAUAACUUUAGUAUGAAUCAUAUUUCAACAAGCAGAUGUUCUUCACCUUUU